AUGGUGUCAAAAAUUGACUAUUAUGAACUGUUGGGAAUUGACUCGUCUGCAACACAAGAUGAAAUAAAAGCUGCCUAUAGAAAGCAAGCAUUGGUAUGACACCCUGAUAAAAACCAAGACAAAAUUGAAGAAGCUCAUGAGAUGUUCAAAGUCAUAAAGGAAGCUUAUGAAGUCCUAUCAGAUCCUCAAGAGCGUUCGUGAUAUGAUUCACACAAAUCUGAAAUUUUAUCUGGCUCCAAGCGAAUUCAAUUAGAUUUAUUAUUCGUUUAGCGUCUAUUUGCAGGCUACACUCUCCAACUGCUAUCUCCAACUCUGGGGCGAAAUUCGCGUCAUCUUCCCCCGGCAUCCCAACGUAUGGUCACCUUGACUUCGUUACGCGGCAAAGUGCCAUUCUUGAGUUUGAGCUUCGACAACUCUUCUUUGAGCUCAGGCCGCCUAUUUGGGUCUACUAGGCACCCUGGGGUUCCAGUCCCACCACCUGAGGUAGGUGGUGCCCAUUCUGGAAAAUUCGAUUCCCUAAGAUCAGGAGUAGGAAAAACCACUGGCACAGCUGGGAUAACUUCACCAAGGGACACCAAACCUCAUAAUUAAAAUAUGCAAGGGAUAAAUUUUCGGAUCUGGCUCCAAGUCAGAAGAGAUGGAUCUUUGGCCCUAUUUCUCAACCAAUGCCUAUCCAGGUGGCUUCACAGAUGCUCCUGACGGCUUUUAUGCAGUUUAUAGAGAUCUCUUUGAAAAAAUCAAUCUAAAAGAAAACACAGAGGCUAAGAACAAAACAAAAUGCUCACAAAGGCCUAGUUUUGGGGGACAGAAUACUACUAUUGACGAAAUAAAAGAAUUCUAUAACUAUUGGGCCAAUUUUUCCUCAAUUCGCUGCUUUGCAUGGGCUGACACUUACAAUCCUCAGGAUGCUCCGAACAGAUAUGUCAGACGGCAAGUAGAAGCUGAAAACAAGAAGGAGAGGUCAAAGCAAAAAAAGAACUUCAACGAAAUGGUCAGAGAACUCGUCGGCUACUUGAAAAAGAGGGACGAAAGAUGGGUAAAAUAUCAAGAAGAACUAAGAAAUGAAAAAAUAAGAAAGGCAAGGGAAGAAGAAAUUAAGAAAGCAGAAGAGGCUCAAAAGAAAAAAGAAUUGAUGGAGCAGUUUAGAAAGGAGCAAGCAGAGAGAUAUGCACGAGAGUACGAGGAAAGAAAAAGGGCUGAAGAAGAGGAAGAAGGUGAAAAUGCAGAAGAGGACAAAGGAAUAGAAAGCGAAGAGGAAAUUCAGCAAUUUUAUUGCGAGCUCUGCAAGAAAAAAUUCAAUAACAGCAAGCAGUUUGACAACCAUGAAAACUCAAAAAAGCACAAACAAAAAGCCCAGGAGCUGCUGAAAGAAGUAAGGUUGCCUGAAGAGGAGCCUGUUUUUGUAAAGACACCAAAAAAGCCUAAAAAGAAAAAAGCAAAAGAAGAAGUAAAAAUUGAAGAAAAGCAUGAGAGUGAAAUAGAAGAAAAUGAAAUGACUGAGAACAUUGAGGAAGACCAUGAAAUGAAGUUUUUUAAGAAAAAAGAAGAAAUAAACGAUGAAGAUUCUGAUGAGGAGCAUAAAGUUAUUGAUAAAGUAGAGAAGAAAAGAGAAAAAUCCCCGAUCGUAUUUCCAGAUAGGAAAGCUGGAAAAGCGAAGCAAAAACGAGAGAAAAAGCAGAAAAAGGCUGAGGAAAAUAAAAAUGAGCCUCAAAUGGAAGAAGAAAUUGAAGAGAGAAAAGUCGGAAAAGCCAAGCUGAAACGAGAGAAAAAGAAAGCAGUCUCAGAGUUUGUGUGCCGAACAUGCACAGUCGAUUUCGAGACCAGGAAUAAAUUAUUCACUCAUUUAAAAGAAUCUGGCCAUGCAAUUGCAAAAUAA